AUGCUGUGUCACUCCUACGUGGUGGGCGGUGUCCGGUUCGACGUGGACCCGGCUUACACCUUGGAGAACGCCAUUCUUCUCGGAGAGGGCUCGUUCGGGCAGGUGGUGAAGGCGACACUCCGUGCGACGGGGCAGACGUUUGCGGUGAAGAAGAUCAAGAACGUGUUUGACAACCUCAUUGAUGCCAAGCGGACUCUGCGGGAGCUGCGACUGCUGGCGCAGAUGAACCAUGAGAAUGUCAUCUCCAUUCGCGACAUCAUGCCCAUCGAGGACUUGGAGCAGUUUGUCUCGCUCUAUCUCGUCACUGACUUGCUCGACACCGACUUGCACAACAUCUGCGCUUCGAGCAAUGUGCUGACCGACGACCACUGCAAGUACAUCAUCUACCAGGUCCUCCGUGGUCUCAAGUAUGUUCACUCGGCAGGCGUCAUCCACCGUGACCUCAAGCCGUCCAACAUCCUCAUCAACGCAAACUCGGACUGCCGCAUCUGCGACUUUGGCCUUGCGCGCGUUGUCGACCACGACGACGACACUGCGUACUACACCUCGUAUGUCGCCACGCGCUGGUACCGCGCACCCGAGGUCAUUCUCGAGAAGGGCUGCUACUCUAAGGCUGUCGACGUCUGGUCCGUCGGCUGCAUCCUCGCCGAGCUCCUCGGCCGCACCCCGCUCUUCCCCGGCCGCGACUCGGUCCAGCAGCUCUCGCUCAUCACCGACGUGCUGGGCAACUUUUCGGCCGAGCAGGUCCGCAAGACGCGCAAUCCCAAGGCGCGGGCGUUCAUGCGGGCCAUGCCGCGCAAGCGCGGGCGGUCGCUGUACGACAUGUUCCCCUCGGCUAACCCGCAGGCCGUCGACCUCAUGCAGCGCAUGCUCCACCUCGACCCGGACUACCGCAUCUCGGUCGAGGAGGCGCUCGCCCACCCGUACCUCUCGCAGCUCCACUUGCCGUCUGACGAGCCCGUUGCCGCCUCCACCAUCGACUUUAACUUUGAGGCCGCCCCGCUCACCGAGCCCAUGCUCCGCGCCCUCAUCUUCAACGAGAUGCUGCGGUUCCAUCCGGAGCUCGGCCAGUACAUCGACAACAUGUCGCCGACCGACGUUGUCGAGGCGCCUGAGAUCACCGACAUGGACCUCGAGGUCAUGCGCGAGGCCCGCAUGUCCGCCGCCAUCCUCGAGGCUGCCGAGAGCCUCGGCGAGGCCGACCUUGCCGCCGUUGACGCCGUCGUCUCGGACGACGAGUAUCUCGGCGAGGACUCUAUGUCGCAGGGCUCCGAAUGA